UGUUUAGACCUGUCAUUUCCAGAUACAAAAUGAUGCUUGGUCUUUUUUUGUUAUCUUUCCUGGUAGUGAGCUCAACUAUAGCUCGAACACCUAGACUAAGGGAAGACUAUGAUUACUAUAGUACGUACGAUGAUUCUCAAGCUCAAACAGAAGGUGGAAGCAACUCUGCUGAAAGUACUACCGCUGACACCUUAGAGCAAGUAGGAGCAGGAGAUUACAGCAACAAUGAAGAUUAUGCUAAUGAUGACUACUCGUACUACGACUCUGAACCAAAAGAAGGUGGAAGCAACCCUACUGGUCCCUCAGAGGAAGAAGUUAUGCAGAAAGAAGAAGACAGCAAGAAAGACAAUUAUGAUGAUUAUGAUCAGUACUGGCAAGAUGAUGAAAGUGCAAAAAUUGGGGAUCAGCCUGAUAGUGGGGAUAAAAAGGAUGCUCAAGCAGAAACCACUCAGUCAAGCAAGGAACAAGAAAGCAGCGAUUAUUAUGAAUACAACCUGCCUGAGAAGGAUGAAGAUGCUAGUCUUGCUACAGAGCCCUCGCAGUUAGAGAAAAACUCUAAUGAAGAUGAGGAAGAUUACAAUGAGGAUUAUGAUUACAGUACUAAUGAAGAAGAAGAGAGUACAGCUCCAAGCAAAGAGGAAGCAAGCCCUAAUUAUGAUAAUUAUGAUGAUAACUAUGAUUAUGUGAUGAAAGAGGACUCAGAAGAGAUGGAACGACCAACACAAAAGGAAAAAGAUGAAAAUGAUAUGACAGAACAAGACUCCGAUUAUAAUCAUAAAGAUUAUGAAUGGCAUGACUCUCAAAACAGCAAAGACUAUGAUGAAGAAGAUUACGUGCAGAGAAGAGCCACAAGAGGUAUUAAAAGAGUACCACGGCGUCAAAGACCUCAUCGCAGACCUCACCAGAGGCAACAUAAACUAGGCAAGCAACCGCCUCCUGAAGAUAUUACUCCUACUCCUACGACUCACUCACUACAUCCUGGUAAUCCAGCUAGCUCUCAUCCACAAGCCACUUCUUCAUCUCCUCCUACAGUCCCCACUCCUUCUCCGGAGUCAAAAGGUGUAGAGCCCUCUUCGCGUGAAAUUCUGUUGCAACAUGCCAUUGAUUCGUACACAGUAGCUACGAUGCAUCAAUUAGAUGCUUCUAGAAUACUUGAGUUGUACAAGCAAGGUGACGCUACGACUAUGAAGUUUGCAAAGACUUUAUUCAAAACUUUAGUUGCAAUGAGGCUAGCACGUGUCGUUAAUUACAGAGGAUUCGACAAACCCACUGAAGUAGUUAGCUUGCUGAAGAAACAUGGAUCCAAGAAGCAUACAGACUUCUUCAUAGUGAGGUUCUUAUGCAAAUACUACAAGGGACUUAGUGGUGCUGUAAAAUACUACCUUCGAAUGAAAACACGUUUUUCAACAUUAGAGCUACCAAGACAUGGUGAGGGUAAAAUUGCUCAUCAAAAUCAAGAUAACAUUCAUCACCAUUAUCACCAUCAUUUUCAUCACGAUGGCAGCUUGAAGCACAAAGUUAACAAAAGAGACAAAAUGGCUAAAGGAGGACGCAAACCUAAGAAUUACUUUAAACGGAAAUUAGAAGAAUUUAGAAAGAAGAGAGCAAUAGUAGCUGCAGCAGCAGAAGCUGCUCAGCGUGAAACUGAGAAUACUGCUAAUCAACAUAGAGCCACACCUGAUUUAGACACUAAAAGGAUCUUUCCAGAAAGAAACUUUCGUAGUAAACGUUCUCAGCGUCAACGACCACACAGACCACUAGGGCCAAUACUCCCUGCAGUUUAUGAAGCAGCUCAGAGGCAAAAGGCAAAAGAGGCUGGUAGUACAUGCAGGACUAAUCAUGGUAGAAUAAUGUCCAAUGGAGAGAUACACAAGGAUGACUGCAAUAUUUGCAAGUGCAGGAAUGGAGAGCUUCACUGUACUCAAUUGAAAUGCAGGGAUGAGCCUAUAAUACAAAUUUCUGGAGACAUGACUAGUACCUCAGCUGCAAGGAAGAACAAAUGUCAAAAGUGCAAUGUCAUGCCAAAAGAAGAAGAAGUCUGUGGUGCUAAUGGAAAGACCUACAACUCACUCUGCCAUGCACUCAAUUGUGGCGGCCUUAAUAUAAUGGACGUUAGACCAGGAGGCUGUGAAAUUGAUGAGGAUCCUUGCACACACAGUGAAUGUGAGGAGAAUGAGAUAUGCGUACCUAGAUUUAGAGGGCCAUGCAUAGGACUGUAUGGCUACGGAAAGAUAAAAGGUUCUUGCUCUUUAUACAAAUGUGUUCCUAGGCAUCAAUGUCACAGAGCUAGAAGAAGAAAAGUCUGUGGAAGCAAUGGGAGGACUUACCACUCACUUUGCUCUCUCUACAGCUCUGGAGCAACUUUAGCAUACCAUGGGCCUUGCCAGCCAGAGAAGUGCUCUAGUCCAGUCUGUGGCAGUAAUGGAGUCACGUACAAGUCGUCUUGUCAUGCACGUACACGCUCUGUUCGUAUUGAUUAUGCUGGAGAGUGCCUAGCAGACAAGUUAUCAAAAGAGAAAACUUGUGAAGCUGUUAGAAACGAGAAGAUGAGAUGCGGGAAAAUGAAUCCAAAAUGCAGAAACUGGGUCAUCCCCCAUGGCUCUUGCUGCCCCAUUUGUGGGUCGUCUUUUACGAUGCAACCAGACACGAAGGAGUUCUCUAAGUUACAAGAAUCAAAGAAUCACCUUCUCACUGUUAAAAAGAAAGUCUCCAAACUGAUGCCAGAAAUAAAAGGAAAGUGUGAUCUCAGUGCAUCGCUCGGUGAUAAAGAUGAUAUAACAUUUGUACUUCAGGCAUUGAGCGAUAAAGAUGAAGGAGAGUGUCUCGCUGCAGGAAAACGUGCCGUCGAUAUAAUUAAUAAUCAGUCAGAGCAGCACGGCGAUGUUAUUGAGCUCUUAGCGCCAGCAGCUUUGAACCAAGACAUUCUUCAUUGAUAGUUUAAUUAUAUGCCACUAUACAGUGCACAAUCAUUAUAAUUAUUAUAAUUAUUAGUGGCAUCUUUCAAUAAGAAAUUGUUAUUAAUGGUUAUCAA